AACUAUUAACAGCUAACUGUUGACAGAUUUACUAAUUAAUCAAUUAAUCGGUGCAAUAACUGACAUCAAUGAUGACAAUCAGCGUACAGUCAUCAUCGGUGGUCAUAGUGUUGGUCAUCAUUGCAUUGGUAUCAGUGAUGACGACAAACGCAAGCAUUUUUGAUUACGUGAAUUGUGGGGUCAUUAAAACUAAAGUAAUAGCCAAUUGCGGAAAAGAUUUCCGUAAAGAUAUGAGCCAAUUGUCCGAUUGGUAUGAACUGCGGCGACGACAGGUGUGCUGUUCAUUACAACGGUUACGCCACUGUGUCGUCAAUGAACUCGGCAACAAGUGCCACGGCAUCACCGAUGAGGAAGUGAACCAGGUUUUCGACGUAGUUGUGAAGGGAGUAGCUCUAGUAAGCAAUUAUGAUUGCAAAUCGUACGGCACAAGUUCAUGGAUGUGCGCGCCCGGCUAUGUGUUCAUUAUUGUGGCGGUCGGGCUACUGAUACUAAUGCUGGCCACCUGUUACUAUUGUUUUCUCUAUUGGUAUCGGCGUAGAGGUGGUGGCAGUGGUUGGUGUCGUAAAAACACUAAUCAACCGACUGCACCGCCAUUGUUUCCGUGAUUUAUCGAUUGCUGGUAUUAAUUCAAUUGCAAAAAUUCUAGUUAUACGCCGACAUAAUUGCACCGUUAGAUAUAUAAUUAUUACAUAC